CUGCAGUCCGCCCCACUUCAACUUUACUGCACCCACCGCCCGACCCGCCUCAGCAUCUAAUCAUUUUUUUCUUAGCAGCGCCGCCGUCACAAAAGCACAGAUGUGCUGUGUAUACUAGAGGUAGCAAUGCUUUUUCUGCCGAUUCUUUCUCUCUCCAUCAUCCUCAUAGAACGCCAUCUGCUCACUACCGUACCCACGUAACUCAUUGCGCCAGCAAGCUAAGAUUCCCAUAUGGGUGCCGAGCAAUCAGCCCCGCGGUCCGGCGGACAGGCCUCUGCUGCCGUACUAGAGCGCAAGACAUGCUAUUAUGAGGUUCUGGGGGUAGAUCGCCAGGCUGCCGAUACCGAGUAGGAUUCGAAAGGCAUACAAAAAGAAGGCCCUCGAGCUGCAUCCUGACCGCAACUUCAAUGAUGAAGAGAAUGCGACCAGGAAGUUCGCCGAAGUACAGACGGCGUACGAGAUCCUGUCGGAUCCUCAGGAGCGCGCCUGGUACGAUUCCCAUCGUGAGGCCAUCCUCACAGGCCAGACAGAUCUCUCUGGCGCUGAGCCAUCUGGCCAUGACGGAACUAGCUACACCUCCGCAACAGCCAUCUUUACGCUGAUGGGCCGCUUCAACUCGAGUGUGCACAUGGACGACAGCCCUAAUGGUUUUUUUGGUAUUCUCAACUCGUUUUUUGACCAACUCGCGGCCGAAGAAACCGCAGCGGCAGAUUGGGAAGGCAUCAUGCCCGUAGAUUAUCCAGCUUUUGGCCGGGCCGGCGACGACUACGAUUCCGUCGCGAAGCCAUUCUACAAGAUCUGGUCAGGCUUCUCUACCAAAAAGACGUUCAGCUGGAAGGACAAAUAUCGCCUUAGCGAUGCCCCUGACCGUAGAGUCCGUAGACUCAUGGAAAAGGAAAACCGCAAAUUUCGUGAAGAGGGCAUCCGCGAAUUCAAUGAUGCCGUCUUGUCCCUCGUGUCGUUUGUCAGGAAACGUGACCCCCGUUAUAUUCCAAACAAGCAAUCCGAGUCUGAACGGCAACAGAUUCUACGGAAUUCCGCCGCUGCCCAGGCGGCGCGAUCACGAGCCGCCAAUCAGGAGAAGCUGGCCGAGUACGUGGUGCCUGACUGGGCUCAGGCGCGGGAUGAUGAAGAGCAGCCGCUUAGCGAGUUUUCUCUCACUUCUGAGGAGGAGUCCGAAGUUGAGGUCCUCGAAUGCGUUGUCUGCAACAAGACAUUCAAGAGUGAAAAGCAAUUGGAGGCGCACGAGAAAAGCAAGAAACACGUCAAAGCCGUUCAGCAACUGCAAAGGCAGAUGAAAAAGGAAAACGCCGAUUUUCACCUGGGUGUAGAGAGUCCUGCUAUUUCGACGCCCUCACCUCAGCCGCAAAUUCCCCGAAAGACUCAUUUUGAAGGUAGUGAUGAUACCGCAAGAUCCCCCUUGGGCGUUUUAGGUGGCAGUUCACAAAGUCACGAGGACAUCUACCAAAGCGCAGAAACGCGAGAGGAGUCGGGCCGAAGUGCAGCGGAUGACUCGAGCACGGAAGAUGACGAGUAUGCACCUCGAUCAACAGUCGAAAAUCGAUUCAUUGCUGGAACUGCCUUCAGAGAACCACGGCCCGACAGUCUGGCCACUAAUGAAGGCGUCGAAUCUCUGACUGACAACAUUCUCGGCCUGGAAGUUGGUGGGACGGAGUCUGGCUGUGCUGGUAAGAAGUUGGGUAAAGCGAAACUAAAACGCGAGAAGAAGGCUGCGCGGCAAGCCGCUGAAGCAGGUGAACAAGGCACUCACCUUUGCGCCUUCUGCAAAGAAACCUUCUCAUCUCGGACUAAGUUAUUCGCGCACAUCAAGGAACAAAAUCAUGCGGCCCCUGCACCUAAAUCCACAAAGGGUGAUAGAAAAGUGAGACGGUAGAUAGUUCUGUGUACUACCGUCACACCAAACGAUCAUAACAUGCGUCCAAGACUUUGUACAACAUAGCGUUGGUACCGCCACCUACCGUGUGUGCCUCAACGUCUCUUUUCGUCGGUCUCGUACUGUCUUGAAGUUGAGUAGUAGAAGCGAGGCUCCGAAUACAUCAUGCCCCGUUUCUUGAGUCAUUAUGCUCCCAAAGCGGGUUCUCCAUCAUCAUCACUCUCUAAAGUUUCUACUUCAUCAAUGGCUUCGGCACGCCCUC